AAGAGCCAUAGCAUGCGUUCUCAAGGAGAGAGGGAGAAAACACAGCGCAGCAAUUUCAAUUUCCAACAUCCUACAGCAACAGCAAAGGGCUCUUGUCUUUUCCUUGGGGUCUUGUCCUCAACUUCCUCUCUCUCUCCAUGUGCUUUCUUAAGAGUAUUCUAUGAUUGAUCUGGGGAAAAAUGCUGAAGUUCCGCGCCGACAGGAGAGUGAGUCAGAAUGACCAAAAUGGUACAGUCGGGUACCCAGUAAUUCAGAGUCCUUUGGAGGAUACCCGAAGACUACAGAAAUACACUCAGAGCAUGGCGCUGGACAUGAACGGGAAGGCAGCAGGGAGGGGCGACGCCAACUCCAACAGCUUUGCCACGGUGUCCGACCUGUCCCCGGAGUCACAGCUCAAUGGACGGGCACCUCGUUCCUCAAGGAAAGCUGCCACAUUUGGAAAGCGCUCCAACUCCAUGCGCAGGAACCCCAAAGCGGAGAUCAGCAAGCAAGGCUGGCUCUACAAGCAGGCAAGCAAUGGAAUGAAACAAUGGAACAAGCGUUGGUUUGUUUUGACAGACCGCUGUCUCUUCUAUUACAAAGACGAGAAGGAAGAAGGGGUCCUGGGGAGUCUCCCACUGCUUGGCUUCCGGAUCAGGGUGGUCCAGUCCACUGACAAUAUCAGCCGAAAGUACGCUUUUAAGGCCUACUGUAUAGACGCCGAGGAGGCAGGCAGUAACAGGAGUUCAGCCUUCUGCUUACAGGCUGAACACGCCGGCAUCCGCACCUACUAUUUCAGUGCUGAGACCCUAGAAGAACAGGAGGACUGGGUGCAAGCCAUGAGUGAAGCCGCACGUAUGCACAUCCCACCUACAGAGAGGAACAACUCAGAGAAAAUCCCCCCAGAAGGAGUGAACAGUGUGGCAGCGAUCAAAGGGGCAGAACAUCACCAGCGUGGUGAGGGCGGUGGUCAGAGAAUGGACCACAGGGAAGCAGGCAAGCAAGAGGACAAGUAUGAGAUCAAUGGAGGGGAGCCUAAGGAAGCAACUGUACCCAACACACCCACAACACCAGAUCUGGAUGGCAGGACCAGAGUCCCCCUGCCCAAUGGUUGGGGCAACCAUGGAGCCCCUCAGAUUUCAUCCCUCCAUUCACAAGAGUCUCAAGGGCAGCGGGAGAACACUGUGUUGCGCAGGGGCUUUGUGCCACGGACACAGCCAGAAAGACUGGCCCAGAGGAAGAGUUCCAUGACACAGUUGCAACAAUGGGUGAACCAGCGUAGAAGCAUGGCUGCACAGGAGGACCUGCGCAGCCCUUCACGCUACUACACUGUGAACCGGGGUGUGUCAGCAGACUACUGUGGUGUGUAUGGUGGUGGCCCCCCAUAUAUGGAGGAAUACCCACUAUACCCCCCAGGUGUACGACCAGACAGCAUCUGUUCGGUGUCAGGGGGCUUUGACAGGCUGCCAGCCCGCUGGGCAGCAGAGGAGCGUCGGCGCUCCUUGCGGGAUGGCCCCCUGUGUGGACGUGAGCCUCAGUGGGCAGUGCCACCACCGACCACCCCUUCAGGUUACUAUGCCCAGCUGGAAUCAGCCCAGAGCUCCAUGCGGCGUCUGUCCAUGCAGCCACGCUCUCGCUCUGUACCACGUUCCCCUUGCGGGUCCUCUCCAGGGCCCUACUCUCCUGGGCCCCACAACUUUGCCUCACCUGUUCGCUCGCCCAGUGCUCGAUUUGACCGUGGCGCCCCUGGCCGGCACCGUGAAGACCCCAUCUAUGCAGACCCAUCCAUCUAUGGCCUCAGGAGAUCUCUCAGCUCACCUAAGUAUGAGUAUCCUGGAGACCGCCGAUCCAUAAGCCAAGGAAUUUACCACUACAAAUAUCCUGGAUCACCCUCCUUACAUGACAAGAUGGAGGACAUUCUAGAUGUUCAACUGCAAAGGAACCUGGAGUACUUGGACCAGCAGGUGACAGAAGGGGAUCACCUGAUUCGCAUGGUCACCAGAAUGGUGGAGAACUCCUCACCCAAAGCAAAGCUCUACACCCAAGUUCCCCAAUUCCAUGAUGUCUACAGAGACAUGAACUCCACCCUUCGGGACAAUGAGAUAGAGAAACUAUUGGGUCGUCUCUGUGAACAAAACCGACUUCUGAAAGACCAGGAGAUGGUGGUUCAGCGCCUGCGGAUUGAUAAGGACAGCCUGGAGGCAGCACUGGUCAUCACACACCAGGAGCUAGAGGUGUACAGGAGUCAGCCUUCAGUGGCCAGCAAGCUGCAGAUAAAGAAGGAAACACUGCAGAACCAGCUUAUCAAUAUUCGUGGGGAACUGUCCCAGGCUUCCAGUGCCCUGACUACCACUAGAAUGGAAUUUGAAGCACUGGAGGAUGAGGUCAAUGUUGUUCAUGGUGAUCUCUGGGAACAACUGAAUGCUUGCGGACAGAAUGAGCUUCUACAUCGGCAUAUCCAGAAGCAGUUCUGGAGGGUUCAGGAUGUCCUUGAGGGACUACACAAAAACAACCCAUCUCGAGGUACAGACACUUCCAAGCAAAAAGUAGCAAGUGGCAUGUCGGGCUCCUUCAGCACAAACAGUCCUGCCAGCCCAUUGAGCUCUGUCAGCCUCACCAGCCCCUUAAGCCCAUUUUCACCCAUCUCUGGUUCCCAAGGCUCCCCCACCAAACUGGCAGCCAUGGAGGACAUUGGGCCUCCACGGCCCCCGCUCCCAAAAUUCUACAUUCCCCUGGAAUCCCCCCCCACCAUCCCCCCGUCUGUUCCCCCGCUACCCCUUGAAAACAGCACUUGGCUCCGCAGUAUGGGCCUGCUAUCGGGCAGCCCCGAGGAAGACUACGAUGAAGAGGAGUCAAACCGCAGACAGCACAAAUUUUCUUUCCGGUCUGACACCUCAACGGGGGAGAAAACCAGUGGUGGGGAGCGUCAGGAUUUGGAGCAGGACAGACAAGCCAACACAAACAAAGUUGGCGUUGUCCCACCCAGGACCAAGUCUCCCACAGAAGAGGAGGUGAGCUCUUAUGAUCCUGUCUAUCGCAGAAAUGGCAAAGUUCCCAACGGGAUAUCAAGGGAACGACCAAAGAGUGCAGUGUUCCCAGCAGAAGUCAAGUCCAAGAUGAGUGUGGAGGAGCAGAACGAGAGGAUACGGAGGAACCAGAGCAGCUCUAUGCGGGAUAAGAGGCGGAGUCUGAAUCUCUCCAGCACUCAGCAAAUUGAUGGUUUCAAGUCCUCCAACAACUACAGAGUGGUGCGUCGGAGGCUGACUGCCCAUGAGGUGGACAUCAAAGACCUGGAGGCAGCGGUGCGAGGGGAGGGGGUGGAGUCACCCCGGGAGGAGAUUGCAAGGUUGCGGCGGCUCCAGGUUGAUCCUGACCACUACAAUUUGGACAUUGGAAAACAGCUGUCAGCACCAGAUAAAGUUCUGAUCCCAGAACGAUACCUGGACAUAGAGCCAGAUACUCCCCUAAGCCCAGAGGAGGAGAGGGAGAAACAGAAGAAGGUGGAGCGGAUCAAGACUCUCAUUGCAAAAUCUAACAUGCAGAACAUGAUCCCUCUCCUGGACGGCCCAGCUGAGGGCCCAACAGACCCUGAGCAGCAGUUGCAGGAACAGGAGAAACGGAUUGAGAUAUCAUGUACUCUGGCGGCAGAGGCAUCACGCCGCAGUCGCUUACUGUCGGCUCAGUGCGCCCCUAGCCCUUCAGCCUCCCCCACCAGCCUGGCCCCUCUCCCCUCUGCUGACUCCUCUCAGAUCAUGAAGGUGUGAGUCUGUAAAGCCCAAGCUUUAGCUGCAGUAAAGUUCAAUGGAUCUUCGUUCUGACAUCUUAUGGAAGAAACAGUAAUACAGAUGGAUUAUGGAAUUUCCAUUGCCCCAAAGAAUGUAUUUUUCACUCAGUUAUUUUACUGAUACAAGAAUAAGAGAGAGUUUUGUUUGGAAUUGCAUGACAGCUUUUGAGAAAUACCUAUGGGAUUUUUGAAUGGGAAGUACCAGCCUUCAAACAUUAGAGGGAGCAAUAACAACUUUCAUGAAUCGAAAACUCUACCCUCCUUAGCAUCUACCCUCCUUAUGGCUCGCUGCAAUCAUGUCUUUUCCCCUUGUCUAGGCCUCCCUGUGAUACUUGGCCUAAUGGAAAAAAAAAAAAACAAAUUUAACUUCAGCUUUUUUAAGAUGGUGAUGAUAUGAUUUUCAAAGCUUAAAACUAGCCACAAAGGACCAUGUGCUUACAGUAUCCCUACUGCUCUCAGCCAGUAGUUCUGGAAAUUGUACAGUAUUCCAGCUCAGGGGAUGCUUUGGUGGAGGUUGCACCAGGAAGCUGCAGAUGUCACUUACACAGGUGAAUCAGGGAUGAAACUACGAUGACCACGGUGAGAGGCGCACUUAUGUUACAUGUGGAAAACAUGGAAGCAUGCAGAAGGUUCGGGGAAGUUUUCGGCUUCGAAGGGGCAAGGAAAGGAAGGACAUCUGAGUUGAGCAUUUUUUGUGGUUGAUAUGGUGACAAUUGACUGCAUUGUGAAGUGCACGCUACGCAAGUGUCCAAGAUGGAUUUCCGAUUUCAGUCAUAAUCUUUAGAAGCAAAACUGGCUGGCUCUGAAGGAGAGCUGGCCCUGCCUGUGUUGCCUGUGGCAGGAGUGAAAGGUCAGAUGCUGGAGAGUCUCACCAAGUGGACAGAUGCUUGCAGCACAUAUGCCUGUGAGCACAGGGCCCUUACACUUUCACAAUAUGGGGUUUAUUAUCUUUCCUAAAGGAGUGCGCAUCUAGUGGCCACCUGACACACUGUGACACCCCUUUCAGCAAAGGCAUUUUCCAUUCUUUACAUAGGGCUUCUUUUAGAACAUCAGCUUCUCAUACAUGCACAGCCUGGUACUUCCCUGGCACUGACAGCACUUCACCAUCUCACUGACCAUAGAUAAAACUAUAAAUGUUAUAUAUUUAAAAGAAACAUUUGCCUUUGAAAUGGAUCCUUGACUCUUCACAGCACUACUUCCUCAAAGGUACUUAUCAGUCUUAGUCUGUAAAAAUUUAAGAUUUUUGAAAUAUGGAGGGUGGAUCGUGAUGAAAAGAAGUGACCUUAGAAUUGUAAGUCUGUGAGCUGAAUCAUCUAUCUUUUCACCUCAAUGUAGGCCAAAAGCAUUUAUUACGAUUAUUCAGUGCAACACAUUUCAGGUUAUUCCAUAAUCUCCUGUACAUUCACUGUUUGUGAAGGUACCUGUUGGUUUGUUUUAUUUUUCUAUGUGUAGAUGCUACAUAUUUAAUGUCCAGCUACUGGCACCAUUUAAUGUAUGUAACAAUGUGUAAAUUCAUGUCUAAAAUCAUUACAUCAUUGCUUUAAUAUUUUUGGAUACAAAGUUUGGUACAGAGUUUUAAGAGUAUCAUCAGAGUGUACGUGUAACUUAACAUAAAAAUGGAACAUCUGGCAACCACAAACAACUAAUAACUGUCGUGAUCAAUGGAAUAAAGCAAAAAGAGCACUUCAUCCAGGUAAAGAGAAAGAAGGAGAUGGACAAGCACAUUCCACAUGUUGUUCCGUGAUAACAUAUUAAUUCCAGAGGAGAAUUCUGUGUUUUGACGCAUCCAUGUGUUAUAAGGAAAAUUAUUUUUCUUGUUCUUGCUUGAAGCCCACUUCAUCUGUCUGUGCCAAGUCCCUUGUGGCUGUUCUUGGGAGAAAAACUUUGUCUUCCUCUCCCUUCUGUGUUUUACCCCUUGAAUGUUGUGCUAGUGCACAUGAAAAAGAAAAAAGUUUUCUCUAUGUCUAAAUGUUACUCAAGCUAACAAAAAUGUGUAUUUGUAAUGGCAAGCAAAAAUUACUUAUGAUAAAUGAAGCAGUAUAAUGAACACAUAGAAAACUACAGGUCUGAAUUGAAAGUUAUAUUUCAUCUAUUUUGAAAAAAAUGAGAAUUGAGUUGAACACCAUUCAUCCCAUAUUGUUUAAGGGCUCAUUGUUACUUAAUUGAGGUCUAAGAUUUCAGUUUCAAUGUUCAUAUCUCCUGUUUGGAAAAGAAAAUCAGGAUACAGGAAGUUUAAAAAAAUCAAGCAAUUUCAACUACAAUAUUUUCUGUUUUGAAUUACUAUGAAACAUUUUGAAGUUUAUUAAAAAGUUAUUUCAGGAGAGAAGUAUUAAACUGAGACACGUCCACAUGCACCUGUCAUUCACAAGAACAGCAAUAAAAAAGCCACAAACCUCAA